UUGGGCUUCUUUCUCUCUCCUAUCGUGAGCUUUCUCAUAGGGUUUUCAGGUUUCGAACGGCCACCUCCGGCCUCCCCUGACGGCUGGCCGCACGCCGGAGCGGCGAACCAGGAGUGGAGGUGCCGAAAACCGUUGGGGGGUUUUAUCAUACUUUUUUCACACCUUUUCGAGUCCCUUUGUUCUUUGAUCGCGCCCCUUUUCUUCUUAUUAGAUCCUUCAAGGGUGCAGGGCCAAACAUUGGCUAGUUUCUGAUUUGAUCUGUUCGUUUUCUAUUUUGUCUUGGGAACGAAGGUUUUUUCCGAGUUCAGAAGCAGCGGUGAACAAAAAUGUGUUCAGAGGAACUGGAUGGAAAAAGCAACAGAAGCAAAUGCACUUGAACCUCAAGAAGGAAAAAAGCAUGUGCAGAAGAGAAACAUUGGUAAGGCAACUGACGGCAAAGAAUAAGAUAAAGCUCCUUUGAGGUCUGUGAACGUAAACAGACGAGGCAGGGAACACAAAGAAUCAAAGAUUUCCGGUGUUCCGGACAUAAAAGAAAGAGAGGGGUUGCCCCAAGGAAACAAGAGGCUCCGACAGUCUAAACAGGUAGCAGAGAAACGGAAGCAAUCGGUAGCAAAGACAGAAGCAAAAACAGAUGACCGAGCUUUGUGUACAUGGUGAUGAUCAUGGCGAAGCAUUUUCAGGGAGAGCCUAAGGGCAUAUGAAAGGGUUUCACACUGUUCCACCAUUGCUGUUUCAUGUAAAAAAAAAAUGCAAAAUAUGAAACGAUUCCAAUUGCCUAACUGAGUUGUCCUUUGUUGCCUUCACACAUGGGAUUAUCCUCAGAGAACUGUUCUCCUUUUGAUGUUUUUGAUUCUGAUGAAUUCCCCAAGUAUUUCAGUGGCCUUAGCACGUUGCUGGUUGCUACUAUUCAAGAGCUGAAAGAUCGAAUUUCUCAGAUAGAAUUCAUUUUCUGCAGCCAAUUGUUCCCUAAUUUUCAAACUGAACUUAGCAAAUAUAGGAGCUUGAAGGAAAGGUUAUGUCAGGCUAAGAAGGAUGCAGAAGCUGACUGGAAGCAGAAAGAGGACUCUUUACUGCUGUUAAUUGAGGAUCUUAGAAGAGAAAAACAGGAGGCACUUGAUCAGAUUCCUCAGAUCCAAGCGUCUUUUGAGCAAGAUAAGGCAGUUUUAGUGGAAAAUUUUAAGGCUGAGAAGGAAAAAUUAUUACAAGUACAUGAAGCAGAGAAAAACCAUUUAUUAUCCCAAGCAAAAGGUCUGCAGAUGAAUCUAGAUGCUGCUGGGUUCAGAGAACUGCAGCAGAAGGUAGAAGAAGUUGAUGGUGGAAAGGAAGUGCAGAAGAAACUACAGCAACAGAUCAAAGAGGAAGAAGAGGAGUUAAAAUGCAGAGAACUGAAUCUAAAUAGUAUCCAAUCAAAGUUGUUAAAUGAGCAGCGAACAGCAGAACUUGUUCUUCGUAAAUUUAAACGAUUGAAGAAGAUGUACUUCAAUUUAAGGUAUCAGUAUGAGAUACUUAUUAGCAGGUCUGGUUUUGUCGCUGAAAGUGAGCUCCCCUGCCAGGAAAUGGAAGAUGAAUUUGGUUUUCUGUCCAACCCUACAAACUCACCUUAUUCUAAUGAUGGAGACUCUAGUACGAGUGCUAGUCCAUGUGAUGAAAACAAAGUGAAAGAUAUCCAAUUUGUGACAAAAGAAUUGGAAAACGUUAAAAAUUCUGAUAAAUUGGGGAAUCCUGUUGCCCCGUGUUUGAGCAACAAAACUUCUUUUCAUCAACCACAGAAACGUCCAGUGAGAGUACGAGCAGAAAUCCCUGCUGGUCUGAAGCGUUCCAACAUAUCAUGGAGGAACACCCGAUCUCGGCAAGGACCUGGAGGAGCUGAUCCACAUGAUGACUUCCUUGACACACCAAUGGAGCAUAUUCGGGAGAAUCUGAAGAAAGUUUCUUCUUGUAACCUUCAUCUGAAGAUUCCAAAGGAAGAAGUCCAGGGAAUUUUGGUGGCACCGCCAGAACACACGGAUGCUGAUUCAGAAGAGGAGACACAGGAAACAGAUCCAGGUCCUGCUUGUCCCAGGCAGAAGACAACUGCUGCAAGAGGAGAUGGUGGGGGUUUUAAGUAUGUAGAACCAGUAAGGAGAAAAGGUGACCGUGAGUUCCUUAAAGGAUUUGAGUGUAAGCAAUGCAAGAAAUUUUAUGAUGCUUUGCAACAGGAUGGUGGAAUUGAUAGCAGUAACAAAAUCCAAUGUGAGCAUCAUGAUGGUGUUUCACGACAUAGGUAUAGAUAUCUACCUCCUUCUACGCCGGAUGGGUUCUGGAAUAUAGGGUUUGAUUCAGAUGCAUGAGAUGAUGCUUGUUUCUGCAUUUGGCUCAAAUAUAAUCUAACCCAAGCAAUAUGAGAAAUUUUAAGAUGCUGUGCUGGAUGACAGUGGAAAAACCCACUGGGGUUUCACAACAUUGAUAUUGAUAUCUACUUCCAACACUGGAAGGGCUCUGGAAUAUGGAAUUUGAUUCAGAUUCAUGAGAUGAUGCUUGUUUCUGAAUUUGGUUAAACUUAAUGAAUCCUAAACAAUCUAAGAAUACAAUGCUGGAACGAGAUGACAUUGGAAAAAGCAGCAGUAACAAAAUCCAACCUAAGCAUCAUGUUGGUGUUUCAUGGCACUGAUAUGAAGAUCUACCCCCAGCACCAGAUGGUCCUCAAAUGUAAGGUCUGUCUCAGAUGCAUGAGGUGCUUCUUAUUUCUGCAUUUGGUUGAGACCUGAUGAACAUAUCACUUGCUGGUGUUUCCAGACCGUGAUCCUGGGGUUGAUGUAAGUUUUGAUGUACUGCUUGUGUAGUGGAAUGUGCAUUACAUUACUUUGAAUCCUUUUUUUUCCAUCUGUAGGGCUGGGUUAUGAGUUUCUUUUGUUAGCAAUGUUGUCAGCUACAUUUCCCAAUCUGUUAACCUAUUUGAUCUGCUCUAGCAAUUUGACUACUCUUAUGUCUA